AUGUUACAGCUAAUUUUAACAACGCUAUUAUUCUUGCCGACCAUCGUUGAAGCAUCAGGUAUAUGGUCUUAUGAAAAUAUCAAACAAUGGCGCCGUGGAAAUCGUUAUUGUGCUGGUAAUCUACAAUCACCGAUUGAUCUUCGGUUUAACAGAUCCACUUUUGAUAGCCGUCUUAAACAAGUAUACUUAGAAGACCGAUAUCCGCCAGAACAAGCCGAAAUUGUCAAUAGUGGUCACACAGCACAACUUAAUUUAAAAAAUCAUUUUGUAUUAAAAAAUAUUGCACCAGGAAGUGAAGAUUAUAAAGUCGAACAAAUUCAUUUUCAUUGGGGCCAUGCAAAUAAUGAUAACAAUGGGUCAGAGCAUUUACUUGAAGGACAAGCAUAUCCACUUGAAAUGCAUAUGGUUACGUAUUCAAGUUGGUAUUCAAAUAUUAAGGAUGCAAUGACUAAUACACGCGGUCUUGCUGUUGUUGGUGUCUUCUUUGAACUUAGUACGGAACCAAAUCCUUUUCUCCAACCAGUUGUCGACGCAUUAGCACAUAUUCGAAGUGAACAUCAACAUACUCCCGUUCGUAAAGAAUUCAAUUUAAAAGCAUUGAUUGGUGAAGAUCGUAUGGCUCGUUAUUAUCGUUAUGAUGGCUCAUUGACAACACCACCUUGCUAUGAAUCAGUGAUAUGGACUGUUUUAUUAGAUCCAUUGCAGAUAUCAUUUCAACAACUACAUGCUUUUAGAUAUUUACAUGAUGCACAAGCUCAUGUGAUAGCAAAUACAUAUCGACCAGUACAAAAAAUUGGCACAAGAAAAUUGUUUCGUAGUUUUCAUUUACAAGAUAUUCAUGAAGAUAAAAUACGACGACUCAUAAUGAAAGAAAAUCAUGGACAAUGUUUAACGCUUAAUAUGAAAUUAAUAGCUAUUUUCAUUUGUUUAUUAACAAUUGCACAGUAG